AUGCUUGUUGCGAUCCUGGAAGCACGUGCUGGUGGCAAGCAGUCGGUUCUGGCCAAUGAAGUCAAGUACUCUCUUGCCGCUGUCACAUCGGGAACCGGUCCCAAAGCGACCAAGAAGACGACUGUUUGUAGUCGCCAGGUCCAGUCUGACCAUUCCAAUCCCCGGAAACAGGCAUUAGAUCGCAGCGAGGGAGUCUUUCAAUUAACGCAUGCACAUGCGAGUACAACGCUUCUCUAUCGCGCUGUUAGGCAGCUGAAGCUGGUAUGUAUAGAGACGAUGGAGAUGUCCGUGAAGUGACCCUUCAGUCGCACGUAGGCCAUCUGGACAUUGAUAGGUUCCCAAGCAAACAGCGCGAGGUCCGCUUGUUGCAAUAGGGCGAUCGCCACACCGUGUCACGUGGGCCGCUGUGGUACAGAGCGAUGUGUGAUUCGACUCCAGGGACUUUUAUUUCUCGAUAGCCUGAGUCAGGAAGUCGAACUUCAGACAGACAGCAGACAUCCACGUUGUCCUGAUAAAGGCUGCGCCCAGUCAGACUUUGGGUACUAGGGUCUAGGAACGUCCGUACAUUCCAACAUCCAUUACCAAGUGUCCGUACCCUAUUGAGUGUUCCAGCCCGCAUACUAUUUGCCCGCACCACUGGAUCAGGCUUGCGGAUCGCGUCGGUUCCCGCGGACGCCGUAUCGUGGGUCGUAACACUGUGAUCGGACAUAUUUCAUGAGGUUUCUUGGGAAUUUCGAGUACUGGUGGGUCCCCAACAACCGCUCGGAUUGUUUGUUCGAGGUUGUCUCCCCCAGCGCUUUGGCUUCAAAGCCUAACUACAAGGCAACUGUGGCAAGCAAACUUAUUUAAUGGCGGUUCACGGUCGCCAUGUUACAAUACGGUCAUCCGGUUUUAUGGAUUUUUUAUAAGACUUUCAGCGUGCCAGACCUCAGCUCUCCGCACCCUGGUAGUCCCAUCCGCAGUUGUUUAUUCCUCUGCUUAUCUCGCCGCUCACCUUCACUGAAGGCCGUUCCACUAUCCGCCACCUGUGGACGCGCCGGGUAGCCAACAGAUAGGCUACUGGGCAACCCGUCUUUCCAUCGUCACGAAACCCCAAAAUAUUGGCUACAAUGCGGGUAGGUGUAGCUCUGUGAGUUUGAUCUUGCUACGCAGUACGUUCCUCCUAGUGGUGUGGAUUUCGUAUUGUAGUAGUCUGUUUUAACAAACUGCGUUGACGGUCUAGUAUGUUACCGUAGGCAACUAAAUCUAAAGCGAUGUUCUUCCAAGACAAAACCUGUUUUUUGUUCGUCCGUUGAAGUCCCGGUUAGUUCUCAAGACUUUGCCCGGGACUACAUGAGGCAAAUGCUCACUACUCUUCGCGUAGGCAAUCAGGCAGACGAAAUCGGGUUCUUGCCCAUGCAUGCUCACGACAGCAAGACAUUUCCUAUAUGCGACUGGCAGGUAUUUGUCUGUUGGCAGGCGCUGUUGUUCCAUUAUUUCUAUUGGGGAUGAGGAAAGACACAUCCUUAAAUUCUGGAGCGCCAAUCGUCAUCUGGUUAACCAAAUCAACUGACUGCAUUGUUUAAAGCAUUUCCUCAACUACCCAGGUCUGCCAUCCCUUUCUGUUGAUUGACACUGACAGUCCCCUGUGAUGACAACCGUCGUUUACGUUACUGUCAAGUUUAUAUCAAAACCGGCCAUUCCACGCGUAUUUUUCUGGCAAGGUUCGGUCCAGUAGAACUCUUAACCUAUGAGAAACCGCCAGUCAACUCCGUAUCGAAGUUCUUGUUUUAAUAAGAAGCGCGGUCGAUAGGGGCUUGUCCAUUAAAGACGACUAAGCUACACCUUCUUACGCGUUUAUAGCUCUCUUAACCAGGUUCUCUAAGCGCAUAACUUCCACGGGUCUGUUAGUUAACGUAAAGUUUAGUGGGCAUUGUCUAAUGCCAGUGAACAGUUGACCAAAAUGUAACACAUCCAGUUCGCUUGGGAUGUGCAGGAAAAUUACCGAAAUUUCCUAGCAGCCUUGGCGAACUCUAAGUUAAUAGCCUUGUUCGUGGCUGAAGUUGUGGAGUCGUCAGUUACUCUGAUAAAUAGCGUACUUUCUGUUGGACGAAUGUUUCUCAGGUUGAUUCUGAUUUUCGCCAUCGGAGCUACCCCACUUUGGUAUUUGUGGGGCUAGUGGCACACUACUCAUUGAAUUGAAUGGGAAGUUCACUGUACUGUUUGAUUGCCUUAACCUCUAGAAGUCAAACCCACAGCGUUGACCGCUUUGGCCUUCAUAUUUUCUUAACCCUAAACCAUAGAUCCCAAACAGUUGGCCGCUGCUAGCCGUUUUUCCGUGCUGUGCGAUUUGAGAUCGGGAUCCAACUCCCCUGCCGCUAACCCGUGUGCAUAAGCCGAGUCUGCGGAUCCCGCCUGACAAACUACGUAUGGUGCUUACCUAGGGCAGCUUCCUGACAGUUAGAAUUUGCGAACGCAUACCAGUGAAUUUAAUAGGCAGUUAAGCCUCCUUGAUGGUGAGGAGUUGACCUAACUCAAGAGCCUGAUGCGGCAGAGCCAACAGUAUAGUAAUUAUUGCAAUCGGGCACUAUGAUAAAGUUUGCCAUUGUGUUCCAGUCUCAAAUGAGUAAUUGUCGGUGGUUGCGGUCAAUUUAGCUAUUUUGCUAGGCCCGACUUUGUCCAGCAACGAUGCUGUCCAUCAAGGGAAAACACCUUUCUACCCUCGUCAUCAUAUGCACAUAGUAGUAUGAUUUUACCCACGAACUUCCUAUUGCGAAACAUCGUAAUGACUUGGGGAUAUACUAACCCGAAGGUCUCUGGUUGUAUGAAUGCAUACAUCAACUACUUAGCAAUACCAAAGAGUAAUUUCUGCCUUUUUGAUUUAUGGGUGUAUGCAGGUUUUCUGGAGACACACUCGAUCUCACUCAUUGCAUCAGCCAACCGCUCCUGGAAAUGGACGCAGUGUCCAAGGUCCUCGAGCAGUCAUGGGGUUCAAAAGGGUAAACAGCGGUUGUCGCCCCUUUGCUUUGUCCUCUAUCCGAAGACAUGUGAAUAACGUCGCGGUAUCCCUUGUUUGCACCACGUACUUCCUUCUGUGCAUGAUUAUGUAUUAGUCUAUCACAGAUAACUGGCUGAUGGGCUUUCCCACCGUUAGUGGUUCAGAUUCGGACAGAAAUUUCGCCGCGCAUGUAACAAGAAACUUCCCAGUGACCAAGAACCACGGUUUUUAUACGAUUUAGGACUCCCCAACACUAGGUGCGGCAAGAAUGGAGACUUUAUCCUGUUCCCUCGAUCCCCCACGUCCAUUCGCAACAACUGGACCACGGUUGGUUUAAUACUAAGACUUUACAAAACCUAGGCCGCACACUGCCGCGUUACGAACGCCGGCCCCACCUAGGACGAUUCGUGCGCUGCCUGUUAUCUGUACGAGUGUGAGCCGUCCGCAUACCGGACCGCAGGCCUAAAAUGCAUAGGACGGUGCCUCUUGCCAGUUCAAUCGACUACCUUCCAAUUUCUUUUUCUUAAGCAUUUAAUUGUUUAUUUUUUUUCGUCAGCACCAUGCUAACUUGCAGGCAGCCAACAAUACGAACCCUGCGAUCUGUACAGGCUGCCCAAGUUCGUCGAAGGCAUAUACCCCCUCCAGGAACCCUUGAACAGCGGUUAUUCCGCGAAGUCACGAAGCCCAUAUAUAAGGUACCAAAGCUGUCUCGCGCUGAGAAGAUCAUUCUGCGAAUGGAAGAAAGAGAUCGUCAGGUUCGAAUCAUAUUUCAGCCAUAAGUUUGCCUGAAUUGCUUGACAAAUUCUUGCUUGGCCGAGCAUCCUGUCACGAUAUUUUUCUUACAGAAUUUGGAAAAUCCCUAUCGUAACUUCCUAGUUCGGAGGGCGAAGACGGACUUCUACGACUUUGCGGAAGACAGAAUUAUGCUAAUCUACCAACCCUUCUAUUGCCAUUCGUGGGAAUGGCAACCAAUUUUGAACAAAUUACAUCACAUUGGCUUUUCUUUUCGUGGGUUCCCGGUCUCAGUCCUUCGGUUAGUCUUUGAACCCCUAACAAUACCAGUCCUGUUUGCCGUUAGGUUUUCCCUAAUUAGCGUGACUUUUCCUGCUUUAGAGAAGCAGCAAAGAACACUAAAUGGCAGGCCUUCGCUGACCACGUUCUACGGGAACCAAUCGUUAACAAGUAUCUCUUUGGAAGCCAUGACCCUGCGGCCUGUGCGAAAGCCCUGGCUAUCACUUCUCGAACACGUUUUCUCACACUCAUAGGUACGUUUUUGAGAAUGUCCCCGUAUUCAACAUGAAAAUCGUUUGGCGUGCCCUCCCCCCUUACUUUUCAACCCUUUACAGGUGGAGUCAUUGGUCACCGUAUUAUGACUCGUGAUGAGGUUAAAACAUACGCCAAUUUCGGUACAUCCGGUGGUUUGGAAGCCCUGCACUCCCAAUUAGUGAGUACUUCCUCACUUCCCACGUCAGAGUUGUCUUCUAAACUAAUGCACCAUACUUCUGAAUUGGUAUGUAUCCUCCAUCAACAUGCAUCCACUAAAAGUGCGGAAUGCGACGACUCCAAUGGUUCGGACAAGUGA